AUGAAAUUUAAAAAACAUUUUUCAGCUCCUUUAGCUGUCAUACAAGUGACGAAUAAAACACAUCACAUGGCAAAGUACAAUUUAAACUUUUUUUCUUCAAUAUUUUGCUUCAAACCUUACGCGACUUUCACCACACAACAAUCAAAUAACAAGGAAAAGUUCUCCGUCACACAUACAUCGCCCAUUCUAAGCGAAACUUGA